GGUGGAGGGAAGAUUCGAACUUGGAGACGGUAAGCGCUGAGAGAAAAAGUGCACGGAUAUACAGAGUUAAAUCAAAACAACUCAGUAUGAUCAGACCGACGAAGGGUAAGACCCCGCGCCGCCCUCCUCCUAAAAAGCCCACAAACAACCAGAAAGAUCCUGUUGGGGUGUACUGUCGAGUACGUCCACUAGGUACAGAGAGCGAAGAAUGCUGUAUCGAGGUGAUCAGCAGUACUACUAUUCAGCUGCAUGCUCCCGAUGGCCUCAAAGCAAACAGAAAUGGGGAAUUUAAAGAGACUCAGUAUUCCUUCAAGAAAGUUUUUGGAAUUAAUACGACCCAGAAGGAAUUGUUUGAAGAUGUUGCCAAACCCCUUGUGGAAGACCUCAUUCAUGGCAAAAACGGUCUUCUGUUUACCUAUGGUGUCACCGGGAGUGGAAAAACACACACAAUGACUGGUUCCCCAGGCCAAGGUGGACUUCUGCCUCGCUCACUUGACAUGAUCUUCAACAGCAUUGGUCCUUACCAGGCCAAGAGAUUUGUCUUCAAGCCAGAUGAUAAAAAUGGCAUGGAAGUACAAAAUCAAGUGGAUGCUCUUUUGGAAAGACAGAAGCAGGAGAAUCAGCAGUCAGUACCUAAGACUCCAUCGUCAAGACAGAGGGUUGAUCCAGAGUUUGCAGACAUGAUUUCUCCAGAAGAUGCCUGCAAGGCUACUGGGGUGGAUGAGGACAGCAGCUAUAGUGUGUUCGUUUCCUACAUCGAGAUAUACAAUAACUACAUCUAUGAUCUCCUGGAGGAGGCUCCGUUUGACCCGAUAAAGCCAAAGUGGAACGGUGCAGGGACACCUCUGCGGUCCAACACUGAGUUCAUACCACCCCAGUCUAAGCUUUUGCGUGAAGAUCAAAAUCACAACAUGUAUGUAGCCGGGUGCACAGAGGUUGAAGUUAAGUCCACAGAGGAAGCAUUUGAAGUCUUUUGGAGAGGUCAAAAGAAGCGCAGAAUUGCAAACACUCAGUUGAAUCGAGAGUCUAGCAGGUCACACAGCGUCUUUAUUAUUAAACUGGCACAAGCACCGCUGGAUGCAGAUGGAGACAAUGUCCUUCAGGAUAAGAACCAGGUGAACGUAAGUCAGCUGUGUCUGGUAGAUCUGGCCGGCAGCGAACGCACAAGCAGGACCCGCGCGGAGGGAAGCCGCCUUCGUGAAGCAGGCAACAUCAACCAGUCUCUAAUGACUCUUCGCACAUGCAUAGAAGUUUUGAGAGAGAAUCAGAUGUGUGGAACAAACAAGAUGGUGCCAUAUAGGGACUCUAAAGUGACCCAUUUGUUCAAAAACUACUUUGAUGGAGAAGGCAAAGUCAGGAUGGUGGUGUGUGUGAACCCUAAGGCAGAUGAUUAUGAAGAAACAAUGCUGGUGAUGCGGUUUGCUGAGAUGACUCAAGAGGUGGAAGUGGCCCGUCCCGUCGACAGGCCCAUCUGUGGCUUCGCUGCAGGCCGCAGACAAAGAAACCAGGCCUUUAAAGAUGAGCUUUCUCGUCGACUGGAGUUACGUGGAGGUCCAGUAGAUGGAGAAGCACCCUCUCUUAUGACCCGUCUGCUGCAAAAUCUACCGUCUCUGCCUCCCUGUGAAAUCACUGACCCAAGUGAUGAUCUUACACUUCCAAGACUCAUCGAGGCUUUGGAAAAGAGGCACAAGAUUCGCCAGAUGAUGACCGAUGAGUACAACAAAGCUGCCAGCAUGCUGAAGUCCAUGCUUCAGGAAACUGAUAGCACCCUCAUCGGUAAAGAGAACUACAUCCAUGAGCAACGAGGCAAGCUGGGCGAUAAGGACAAAAUGAUCCAGAACCAGAAGAAUGAGAUUGACCGGCUGGAGAAAAAGUCCAAAAUGCUGGAGUAUAAGAUCGACAUCUUGCAGAAAACCACCAACAUUUAUGAGGAGGACAAGCGUUCCCUGCAGCAGGAGCUGGAGAGCAGGGAGCAGAGGUUGCAGCGUGAGCUCUCUGAGAAGAAACGCAUGGAGGCGCGCAUGCAAGGCUUGGUCACAGAUGAAAAGUUUAGAUGGCAAAAGGAGUGUGAGAGGCGGGUAAAUGCCAAGGAGCUGGAAAUGCAGAACAAGCUUUGGGUAAAGGACGAGAAACUAAAACAGCUCAAAGCUAUUGUGACCGAGAGCAAGACUGACAACCGGCCAGACACUCGGCCAGACAACUGGCCAGACAAACCCCAACGCCCUUCCCGAGAGAAGGACAGAGUACCUGCCAAAAGAUCAGCCUCACCCUCACCCGUGCCUACCCCAGUACAUAUCCCUACCAGGGUGGUCAGGCCAGCCCUUCAUACACCCAGCUCUAGCAGUCUGUCCGUUGCCUCCUGCAUCUCCGAGUGGGAGCAGCGAGUGCCACAGACUGACAGGCAGGAAAGUCCCUCCCCUCCCCACAGUAGCAGCAGAGCUCAGGGCCCUCCCAGCAGCAUUGGCAGGAGACGAGGCAGGUGCUGGGCCAGAGACUGCGAGGUGCCCGUCCAGCCAGCAGAUGUAUACCUAGAAGAGAGUGGUUACAGGACCGUGACGCCGGUCCGUCCGAUGCACAGGCGCUCGCAGUCUGCUGGUGGUGAGAGAUGGGUGGAUCACAAACCCGCCACUAACUUAGAGCUGGACACGGUCAUGCAGCCCAAUGUGCCCAACUCCAUUAAGGUGAACGCGCCAAGCGAGAAAGCCCUGUCCAAGUGUGACAAAUACAUGCUGACCCACCAGGAAGUGGCUUCUGAUGGAGAGAUUCAAACCAAACUUAUAAAGGGUGAAGUGUUCAAAACUAGAGGUGGAGGUCAAGCUGUUCAGUUCACUGAUAUUGAAACACUAAAACAAGAAACUCCUGUUGGUCCAAGUCGUAAGAGGAGAUCAGGAGAGACUGGCCCUAACCAGAAUGAAAACAAGAAUGGCAAUUGGACUGAUGUAGAGACCAGGUGCUCAGUGGCCGUGGAGAUGAGGGCUGGCUCGAACCUAGGACCCGGUUAUCAACACCACGGCUUUCCAAAGCGCAGAAAGCCCUGAGGUGCCCCUGCAUUGCCAUCACAGUCAAGAGUUCUUUCCUCUUGAAACCUCUCAUUACUGUGUGCAAUACGUUACUAUUUAACUUUUUAAGAAUGCUUUUUAUAUAAUACGUUUUAUAUAUAGGACUGUAUGUAUAUACGUUCACCAAAGUGAUUUUGUAGUGCUUCCGAUUGAGUGCUUCCAUCAAAUAUUCAGACAUGGGGUAAAUCAUGACCGUGGGGUGGUUUGAGACGGAGUACGGUGAAUGUUAUGUUACACUGCUGUCGUUGCAUAUGUGUGUUGCCUUUCUAUACUCCUUUCCCUGCUUUGUCUAUCUUUGUUUUUUGGUUAAAGAGGGGUGUGAUUUGUGCUGGAGCUUUUUUGUUUCCUGUCAUGUUCUUGGAAAAGCACUCUUCUCCCUAAUGAUAACAUGCCAGUCAGAACAAAAUUGAACAUUGUGGCAUUUGCAGUAGGCACAAUAUUGAAAGAUGUUUCUUCUAUUUGAAUGUUCAUUUAUUUUAAAAUUUCUAUAUACACUGAUCAGCCAUAACAUUAAAACCACCUUGUUUCGACACUCGCUGUUCAUUUCAUCAGCUCCACUUAUCAUACAGAAACACUUUGUAGUUCUACAAUUACUGACUGUAGUCCAUCUGUUUCUUUACAUACUUUUUAAGCCUGCUUUUACCCUGUUCUUCAAUGUUCAGGAGCCCCACAGGACCACUACAGAGUAGGUAUUACUUAGGUGGUGGAUCAGUCU